AUGGGGGAAUUUACCAUCCGCACACGCAAGUUUCAGACGAACCCACUCCUGGGUCGGAAGCAGUUCGUCGUGGAUGUGAUCCAUCCCUCCAUGGCAAACGUCUCCAGGGAAGACCUGGGCGCGAAGUUGGCAAAGAUGUACAAGGUGCAUGACUCCAAGUGCAUCCAGCUCUUCAGCUUUAAGACUGCCUUCGGCGGCGGCCGAAGCACAGGAUUUGGUCUGAUCUACGAGAACCUGGAGAAGAUGAAGAAGUUCGAGCCCAAGUACCGCCUGAAGCGCGCUGGAGUGGGUGGUGAGAAGACCGGGGCAGGACGACGAGGAAAGAAGGACACCAAGAACCGAAUGAAGAAGACCCGUGGCAAGGAGAAGUCGAAG